UCACACCUCUCAUUCUCCCUUUUCAAUUUUCUAUUGUAGCUCCCUAUUUCUCUAGUGUUUUUGCAGUUAACGUUAACUCGUAAGUUUAUUUUGUAUUACUUUUUAUUGUGAAUUGUGAUUUGUGAUUUUUAUGAUAUUAGUUGAACUACUGUUUUUUUGCAGAUGACAUUCCAAAAGUUCACGCUUGGUUUACGGUGGAAUGGUUACACGAAAGAGAGCGGAAAGGGGGUCACCUACGUCGGUGGCAAUUUUCAGAAAAUAAAGGUCACUAUCAGACCGAUGCUUGAAGACCUCUAUCAAAUGUGUACUAACGUUACUUGCAUGGAUGGCACGAGAAGAGUUGAUCGUAUGGUGUACCGAUAUCCAAACAGAGAAGGUGGGUCGUUGUGGCACGAGGAAUAUCUCAUAACCACUCAGGAUGAGGUAGAUGCCAUGCUCGAAUUCUUGAGGUCCAACAAUCUUUCCAGAACCGAGAUGUUCGUUUACACCGAGCCGGUCGUAGGCGUUGGAGGUCAUUCUGGAGACGGUCAAACAUCUGGUAUCCAUGGUGGAGGUGAAUUAUAUGAAGAUCAUCCCUACCAAAGUUACCAUGAUCCUCAUUCCUAUUUUCAGUACCAAGAGCAAGGUGAAGGUCAUCAUCAAUCUUACCCGUCAUAUGAAGAAGUUCAACCGGACCAUGCCAACCAACCCCAGUACAACUUCCAAUCAGGCAGUGGUAGUUUUCACAACUACCAUUAUGGAGCUGAUGAAGGUGCCUUUCAUGAGCUUGAUCAGAUGGAAGAUGCCCUGCCAGCACCAGUCAGUGACCCCUUUGAUGAAGAAGGAGAGAACAACGUCAGUGCAGACAGCUCCGACCCUCUUGAAGGUGCUGAUGAUUUAGGACCAGAGUCAGACUCAGAUAAUGAUGAUGAGGUGGCUCAUGACCGUGUACCAGUCCCAUACUACAAUCACAUUGCAGACGACAAUUGGAUGGUCGACAGCGACAUGGAACAGCCGGAGGUUCCAAUAUGGGGUCCACUCCCUGGGUUUAUGAAGGGCCAACAAUUUGGCUCGAAGAAGGAGGUGCGGCACGCCAUUGAUAUUGAAGCAAUGACUCGGCAUUUUGAAUGGCACACAACUCAUUCCAACAUAAAAAGGCUCAUAGUCAGAUGUCGUAAUCAUAACAAGGGAUGCAAUGUUAGGAUUCAGGCCAUCAACAGCAAGAGAGACGACCAUUAGGUCAUAUCCCGUGCGGUGAACACACACAUGUGUGUCAUCCAUAACAUCCCAAGGCCAUCGACAGUUGAAAUCCAGGGUGGUUGCUGCGGCUAUCAAGCAUCUAAUUGAGCAAGAUCCUGACCUGAAGGUGAAAGUUAUAAUCACUGACAUUGCAAGUCGUUAUGGUUAUAUGAUUAACUAUAAGAAGGCGUGACAUGGAAAGCAGAAAGCUUUGGCCGCGGUAUAUGGUGAUUGGGAAGAAUCAUAUGCAUUCCUUCCCAGGUUGAUUUUGACACUGGAAGCGUCUAACCCUAUCACUGUUUUCUCCCCUCGCUACCAAGAUGAAGAGGUACAACCGCCAGAUCCAGGUAACAAACGCCAUUUCAGAUG